AGCACUGUUAAGCAACCAAAAGACUCAGAGAAGAAGAAUUAGUAAAAACAUCGAUGAAUAGAAAAUAAAAAUAUUAUUCACAUAAGCUGUGGUAUUUAUUUAUUCUUGAUAUUAAAUUUCAAUAAAACAUUGAAAUAUGGAUGAUGUAAGAUCGAAGAUUGACCAAGCUUGCAGAGUUGCUGAAGAAUUUACGAAAUUGUAUUAUGAAACAGUUGAUAAACGUCGACAUUUAAUAUCCAGAUUAUACAUGGACACUGGAUUAUUAUCCUGGAAUGGCAAUGGUGUCACUGGAAAUGAAAAUAUUUUAAAAUUUAUGAUUGAUUUACCGCCUACAGAUCACGAGAUUAGCACUCUGGAUGCUCAACCAAUAUUAGAUUCUGCAGUAAACGGACAAAUCACUUUGAUGAUUCAAGUUUCAGGAAAUGUAAAAUAUCAAGAAAAACCAACGAAAACAUUUCAACAGAACUUUAUUGUUACAGCACAAGGUGAUAAGUGGAAAAUUGUUAGUGACUGUUUUCGACUUCAAGAGCCUUUAAAUACUAAAAAUAGUUAA